AUGGCAGAGACACCGUCAACAUCUACUGCCCACCAGCCGGCUUCCUGCUCCGCAUUUCGCUCUGCUGGUUCGCCCAGAAGAUCAACAAGUACGCCGGACGGACUACCUGUGCUCCCCCCCGGUCAGCUGUGUGAGGAGGCGCCGCAUCUCUCUGAAGGUGGAUCCAUGGCAGCUUCAGCAGGCUCUCCUCCACAGCUCAUUAACUCUUUCAGCGCCGAGACUACACGCCUGGCUCCAUCACUUCAGUCGACUCAACCAGCAGCAGCAGUGCCUCAGUGUUCAGGCAGGGCUGUGUAUAUUCAGCAUGAUGUAAUGUGAGUGCUCACGAAAAGAUGGGUAAAUGUACUGUAGCUGUAAAACCUCCUGAGGAUAUAUCUUCGUUAUGUGAUCUGAGGCUCUGGGCCAACAGCAUGGGUGAAUAGAUAUGGUUGUAGCUUUUAUACCGAGCAAAAUGUUUCACAAUCUUUUCGUUCAUUUUUAAAUUGUUUUUUUUUUUCUGUUAGACUUGCACAGUUUGCAUGUCUAACAUAAAACUAUACAGUACACUCUAAAAAAACCCUGGGUUAAAACGAAUCCAACUUGGGUUGUUUUUGACCCAACACCAGGGUUGAAAAGGGACCACUAUUCAUUGGGUUAUUUUGACCCAGAAUAUUGGGUUAUCCAAAUUAACCCAAAUUUUGGGUUGACUCAAUAACCCCUUUCAAUGGUCAAGUUAAAAAUAAGAACAAGAAGGAUUGUAUUAAUCCCAGAAGGGAAAUUCAAUUGUCUGUUGUCUCACAUAAUAUAUCUCUAGGAGUUAUCUAGGUAACGCUUUCUUUCUUCUUAUUACCAGGUAAUUAACAGGUAAUUACCUAGUAACAACAUGAAAUCAUCUGGUAAUUACAUGGUAACUACUAAGUCAAUACUGUCUAGCUACCAGGUAGGUAACCUCCCAUCAUCAUACAAAUUUGAAGCCGAAUUGCUCUGGUAUUUCCAGGAUUUUCUCAGCUUCCUGGAACCACCACUUGCGCAGUAGCAUUGUACGCAUUCGGCGGGUGAGUCGCAGUGAUAAUGCUCGGCUCAAACAGCGUAUCGCUACGCAAUCUUCGCACGCCCAUAGGCUGUAUCAAGUGUCAAUCAUAGAAAAUAAGAACCUCAAAUAGCUUUUGAAAAUGGAGCUGCACAGAAAAAAAGAAAAACUAGACAGUAUUGACUUAGUAUUUAUCAUGUAAUUACCAGAUAAUUUCAUGUUGUUACUAGGUAAUUACCUGUUAAUUACCCAGUAAUAAGUGUACUGUGAAAGAAAGGGUUACUGUUAUCUACUAUUUACACAAGAGUUAUAAAGUCUGAUGGUUGUUGGUACAAAAAAUCUUCUGAAUCUUUCUCUCCUGUAGUGAAGAGAGAAAGAGGAGCCGUCCACCACCUUUGGUCCAUCAAAGUGUUGUGAAGUGGGUGAUCCAUGUUCUUGAGAAUAGUCUCCACCUUCCUCAGUGUAGAUCUCUCCACCAAAUCCUCCACUGAGUCCAGCCACAGAGCCGACCUUUUUCACCAGUUUGUUAAGAUGUAUUUGUGUUUGAUGCUUCCUCUCCAGCAGACUGCAGUGUAGAACAAAUCCAAAUUAAUCCAAUCUUUGAGUUAAUUUGACUCAUGAUCUUGGGUUAAACUGACAUAUGCUUUUUUUGGGAGCUUUGCUUUUAUAACCUGUACCCUAUGUCUGAGCCGGUUUGGGUUUCAGUGGUAACACACUCGUGUUUAUGAGCACUAAGGGUCUUCCCUGAGGACCCAUACAGGUAGAUGUAGUUCGCUCCUUACAGAUGUGUCUCAUGCAGGAUUCGGCCCCGACCCCCCGGUUGGGAGCUGUAUGCUCUACCCGCUGAGCUACCCCAGCCACCCAAUAUAUAUUGGGUUAGCUACCCCAAUAUAGAAACCAGAGUAGAGUCAUAGUGUCAUAGAGUCGUAGAGUCAAUCGAACCCAAUGUUCUGACCCAAUUAUUGGGUUACUCUCUGAAAAAUAACCCAUUCAAAAAACCCUCAAACUGGGUUACAAUAGAAACCAUAUGACCCAAGAAAUGGGUAUGGAUCUGAAAAAUAACCCAGAAAUUUAAUUUAACACGUAUCACCCAGGAAUUGGGUGGAAGAAAUAACCCAAGAGUUUUUAGAGUGUAUGUAGCCCUUUAAACAUAUUAAAAUGGAAGGUUUUUUCUCUUGCUGUUUCUUUGCCCAUAAACACCUUUGCAAAGCUGUAUUUACUGUUUUACUUUUGCAAGAAAUCACA